GGUCCUACCGUGUCACAGCGUCAGCUCUCGAGGGACGGGCCUGAAGGGGCGGAGCCCGCAGGGGGCGCGACCCUGCCUGACCACCUCUGCGAAUCCAGUCCUGCUGGUCGCGCGCAGCUCGCAGCCCGCCACCCUGCUCCGUGCCACCAGCAUGUCUUUCGUCCCAGUGGCCGAGGAUUCCGACUUCCCCAUCCACAACCUGCCCUACGGCGUCUUCUCCACCAAAGGCAACCCAAGACCAAGGAUCGGCGUGGCGAUUGGUGACCAGAUCCUAGACCUCAGUGUCAUUAAGCACCUCUUCACUGGGCCUGUCCUCUCCCAACACCAGGAUGUCUUUGAUCAGCCAGCUCUCAACAGCUUCAUGGGCCUGGGUCAGGCUGCCUGGAAGGAGGCAAGAGGAUUGUUGCAGAACCUGCUGUCCGUCAGCCAGGCCAGGCUCAGAGAUGACACGGAGCUUCGGAAGCGUGCAUUCACCUCCCAGGCUUCCGCCACAAUGCAUCUUCCGGCCACCAUAGGCGACUACACGGACUUCUAUUCCUCUCGGCACCACGCCACCAAUGUCGGAAUCAUGUUCAGGGGCACAGAGAACCCGUUGAUGCCCAAUUGGCUGCACUUACCAGUGGGCUACCACGGCCGUGCUUCCUCCGUCGUGGUGUCUGGCACCCCAAUCCGCAGGCCCAAGGGACAGAUGAGACCCGAUGACUCUAAGCCUCCUGUGUAUGGUGCCUGCAAACUCUUGGACUUCGAGUUGGAAACAGCUUUCUUUGUAGGCCCCGGGAACAAAUUUGGAGAGCCGAUCCCCAUUUCUAAGGCCCAUGAGCACAUUUUUGGAAUGGUCCUUAUGAACGACUGGAGUGCUCGAGACAUUCAGAAGUGGGAGUACGUCCCUCUUGGGCCGUUCCUCGGGAAGAGUUUUGGAACCACCAUCUCUCCGUGGGUGGUGCCCAUGGAUGCCCUUAUGCCCUUUGCUGUGCCCAACCAGGAGCAGGACCCCAAGCCCCUGCCAUAUCUCCGGCACGACCAGCCCUACACGUUCGACAUCAACCUCUCUGUCACCCUGAAAGGAGAAGGAAUGAACCAAGCAGCUACCGUAUGCAGGUCCAAUUUUAAGUAUAUGUACUGGACGAUGCUGCAGCAGCUCACUCACCACUCUGUCAAUGGCUGCAACCUGCGGCCGGGGGACCUCUUGGCUUCUGGAACCAUCAGCGGGCCGGAGCCAGAGAGCUUCGGCUGCAUGCUGGAGCUGUCGUGGAAGGGAACGAGGGCCAUAGAGCUGGGGAAUGGACAGACCAGGAAGUUUCUGCUGGACGGGGAUGAAGUCAUCAUCACAGGGACACGAAUAUUUCUGAGCAUUGAGAUUCUAAAGUGACUGAUGGAAAAAUAAUGAAACAGAAUAGGCAAGGAUGUUGCUCUGGACAAAAGGUGACACUGCGUGUUAAGGGUCAGUGCUGUGGUGGCAAGGAUGUGCCUCGGUGAUGCCGGGGAGGGUGAGGGGCUUGUUUGGGGAUGUUGCUGGUGUCCAAGCUGCCACCUCCCCAGAGAAGGCCAGCAGUCAGAGCAGCCCUCACAGGGAGGACCGGUGGGAUGAUUGGGCAGGUGGGAGGAAGUGGGAGGAGACAGGCUGGGUAGACUGUACUGAGCUACAGGUGGCCGUGAGGACUGUCCCUGCGCUCACUGGAAGGGCUCAUUGAGGCGUCCCUGACCCCGUCUCCCAAAGCUGUCUUUGGUCUCAGUGUUCAGUUGGCUGGGAGUCCUCUCCGCAGUGAGCUUCGAUUUGUUUCUCUCAGUUGUGGGAAUACUGCAACUCCUUGCUUUCCCUUCUUCACAUUGGGUAGCAGAAGGCCUAACUCCAGAUUUGGGGGUCGUCCUCGGCAGGUGAGGGGGUCUGGUGGUGUUUUGUGUAACUCAAGGUCACGGGCAUCCCCUGCAGUGGCCCUCGUGUUCGUCAUGGGCAGGUGGCCGUCACCUCAGCACUGCCGUGGCUCAUGGUGCUUGAGAAGCAUCUCAAUCUGGGGAGCCUUGGAGCCUCUGUAUAGGCCUGACACCCAUAAACCUAUGUGCUUCCAUCUGUCUUCUCUCUAGGGGCCACUGGAGAGGGCGCUGUUUAAAACAUAGCUGUAAAACACAGCUUUCACUGUCUUGCUGAAAACUCCUGAGUCACCUCAGUGCCCUCGGGAAAAGGUUCAAACUCCUUAACAUGGCUUCUAAGAAUACUCUGUACUCUGGCUUCUCAGGGGACCCCACACAACAGCUUCACUGAAUAAAUGCACCUCGUGCAUCUCUCGCCUUGGUCUCCGUGUCUUUGCACACGCUGUUCCCUCUGUCUGGCACACCCUUUUCGUUGUGUCCCCCCUGGUGAACUCGUAUCCACCUGUCAAGUCCCAGCUCCGAUGUUCCCUCCUUUCUGCUCCUGUUUCCUCCAUGCUGCUCUCCCAGCUCCUCAUAGACUUGUCUGCUCUGACUCAGACAGCUGCUCCCACUCAAUGGACCCUUCUCAGGUCCAGGGACAAGGGCCUCCUCCUCUCUGCCUUUCUGUUGAAAUGGAAUUGAGUGAAUUUGUUUAACAUCUGCUCUGGGAGAGAUGUCAUGCUAGGGCUUCAGCCACGUGUUUCAUCGAAUCCUCACAACCCUGAGAGGUAAGGAUUGCUAUUCCCAUUUGCAGACAAGGGGGCUUAGCUCAGAGGUUAAACAAGUUGCCCCUAAUCCCCCAGCUUAUAAUCAUCAUAAUAGCUGACACUGAGCAUUUCCCCUGGGCAAGGCACUCUUUUGGAGUUCUCUGUGUAUUAACUCAUAUCAUCUUUGCAACAGCCCUGCGCAGUGAGUACUAUCAUUAGAUCCAUUUCACAGAUGAGGAAACGAGUUCCAGAGACUUCCCUCGUGGUCCAGUGGUAAAGACUCCACACUCCCAAUGCAGGGGACCCGGGUUUGAUCCCUGGUCAGGAAACUAGAUCCUGCGUCCUGCAACUAGGCUAAAGGAGCCUGCAUGCCACAACAAAGAUCCCACGUGCCACAACUAAGACCCGAUGCAGCCAAAUAAAUAAAUAAAUAUUAAAAAUAAAAAAAAACAAAAACGAAAAGAAAAGAAACUGAGUUCCAAGGGGACUCAAGGUCAUGGAGCCAGUAGGUGGAAGAGCCAGGCUUUGAACCCAGUCAGUCUAGCCUCAGGCUAAUUAGCAAGCCUAGGAUUUGAACUCAGACUUACUUAGGGAGAGUUGACCUAUACCUAUUGCUUUACCUCUCAGGAAAGCCAUUGUGCCAUCCUUGCACCGCUUGUGAGGGUCCCUGACAGUAGGGCGGGCCUGGAGUUCCAUCUUGGUGCUCCUGUAGCUCUGCCCAGCUUCUGGAGAAGGUGGUUUUUCUGUCGAAAAUACCUGUUUGUCAUUCAGAUGGCGCCUUCCUGCCUUGGGCCCAGCUGUGUGCUGACCGGCACCGUGGCCGCUUG